ACAAAAGGAGAGGUGGAGGCACAAUCUAGGUAAUCGAGAUGUAUGCCCGUGGUUGAGAUAGGAAUGUGCUUACAAGCAUCCUAGAACAAACAAGAAUGUAGAAUAGGCUUCAUCCAAAGUCUUUCUUCUCUUUCACACUUUGUCUUCUUUGCUACACUUUCUUUCAUACUAUUCUAUCCAUCCACAUCCGCAUGAAAACCAAGCCAAUGUCCUAUUCAAUACGCACCAAAAGAAAGCUGUCCGUCCUGUGGCUGGCACUCGCCUUAUCCGUCUCGUUCAUUUCACAAUCUGGAUAUCCCUUGCCAAUCGCAUCAGAGCCAUUGCCGGCAUAUACAAAAGACAUUGUAUAUGUACAACUCGAAGCAGCAUCAGGAAAAACGGGCGUUGACAGCGCUCCAUCACAAUCACCAGCGUCUGCAUCAGUCGACAAAAGCCUGAAGGACGGGUCGCGAAAGACCCCUGCAAGGAAGAACAAGAAGAAAAAGAAAAAGAAAAAGAAGGUCGUAUGGGGACCGCUACCAACUCGACAUGGUCUGUUUCGCAGACCCAUCUUUGACCAGAGUGUGUCCAACUUUUCACUUCAACCGAUCCAGGCACCUUGGCGCCAUGAGAUGCGAUACUCUUUAGUAUGGUCUUUGGGUCCACAAUUCAUGGACCAAAUCGUAGCUAUUCAACAAAACCAUACUCCAGUUGACAUCCAGCAAGGCGCUGCAAAGGAUACAGAUCUCCAAGGGGUUGGUCAGGACAAACGGCCUACCACACCGUACGAACUACUCUUGAUAGACAUCCAUCUUGUUCCUCUCGAUCCCGCGAGGCCCAGUGAGCUGCUCCUGAGCAAGAUACCUUUAUCCGUUCUUCGGGCAAGGUUUCAUCUUAGGACAGAGAUCUCUCCGGGCUGGUACCGUUUGGAGAUUCAUUUCUGGGACAAAGGCAGGAAUUCGGAUCAUCAAGGUACAACAACAACUGAAGCUUUGGACAAGCAUGGUGUGUGGGAUCUUUCGACGUCGAGUCUCGUACAAUCACCUGGUGUUGCGAAAUCGAUGGCGUUUGACAGCAUACAGGCGCGGGAGGUCGGCAUCUGGAGAGGUGCAGAGGCGAUUGAGGUGACGACGCUGAGUCCCGAGUUCAAGGAGUGGAGUGAGUUUGUCGCAACCACGAGCGACAAAGUCCAUCAGGAGCGAUGGAGCGCUGUCGACGCAGGAGAAUUCGAUUCUGUAAUAUAUUCACAGCAGGAGCAGCAGCAACAGCAUCAAAGGAGCACAUACGAGAACCCGUUCCAGUUGUCCAAAGCGGCUCGCGGUUUCUCAGCCGAACUUCAUGAUAUGAUAAUGGGCUUGAUUUAUGGAGUGGGUCGGGCCGAUGCGACAUCGUUCGAGCGCGCAGAUUUUCCUCAAGAGACCUUCCGGUUCAAGGAAGCGAUGGACAUCAUGACGGGCCGCGACAUGGCACCUGACUUCGUGGACGAAGAACUGGAGGAGAUGCAGGAAGAGGGAUCGAUAGGGAAGGACGUGCAGGAGACUUGGAAUACUGCAAUCGAACAACUCAAUGGGCUGAUGACCGUUUGGGACGAUACCUCUCCUGAUAACGCGGAUGACGAUGUUAUGGACCAGAACGAGAGUUAUGGUGCACCAUCCACAGAUCUUAUAGACUUUGGGGUCCGAAUCGAACAUGGCAGAGAGAUUAUCCAACCAUGGACGUCGACGACUUGGCGUGCCAAUCGCGAUAGGACCGUGAGCUGGCAGACAUCUGAUGGGCUUGUACGGGACCGUAUGCUCUUAGCUGUGGAGCUGAUCAAGGCCCCGGAUGUGUCGGUCGAGGCAGGGUCUGUUACCGGGACAAGGGUGAGGACAAGGGCAGAACUGGCCAAGGAGUCAUUGAAGCAACCGUGCGAGGCAGUUCUUACGGACCGCGUGCCGGCGUCGUGGGGAGCGGUGGUGGUACGGAUGCCGACAUGGGUACUUACAGGGGCGUAUCAGCUUCGCCUGAAAGGAGUCGGUGGUCAGGGGACGGAGUGGGCGGAUGUUAGCCAGCCAUUCGUGGUGCAGUCAGACCCAUAUCUCUACUACUAACCAAUUGCGCACUGUAUCUGCAUGCAUGCAUCGGGUUUC